AUGUUUGAGACCUCAAGAUCACGAAGCCGCAAAGAAAUUGCCCAGGCGCUGGCCAAACAUUCGUAUUGUACCAACUCGAAGUACAGCAGAGUACGACCGCCCCCGCUGGUUUCAACUUCACCAGCUACACCCUUCCACAACUGCUUGCCCAUGAAAAAACUACUCUACUACGUUCUCAUAAUUUGGCCUGAAGCUCAGGCUGGGUUUAUGAGACCCGGACAGUCGCCCACUCGAUCACUCGACGCAGCACAAGCGGAGUCCAACUAUUGGACUGAUCAAAGAUUACGCGAAGCAUCAAAUUUACCACCAACUGACUUAUCUUUGAGUCUUGCUGGCUGGCAGCAUGCUUCGGGAUCGAAUGCACGGCGCUUGGACCCGAAGCCAAAUGGCGAAUUACGAGAAAUUAACUUUAUUGGCGCAGGGACUGAUAAACGAUACAUUGCUAGAUUCUUUUGGGAAGAGCAGCUCCGCAGAAGAUAA